UAAGGCACCCAACCCAACCCAACCCUUCAGAUUCUGGAGAUCUCUCUUUCUUCUCCCUCUGCAAUGGCUCUCAGCUUCUCCUCCCACUCUAUCCAUCACCUUCUUCCCUUCUCCCUUGAGAACGCCCAGAAGAGCGUUCUAAGAUGGCCUCCUUCUAUUCCAAUCCCACCACCAAAUCUCGUGGGCUUUGCUCGUUCCUUAGUUGCAAGCAAGAGCUGUGGCAGGGAAGGAAGGCUUGCGACACAUGCAGUGAAGGAGGAGCAGACCCCGUCCUCAGGCUUGGCCGGAACACGAGUCUCUGAAGCUGUUCCUUCUUCUAACAAGCUUGUUCUCGUCGUCGGCGGGACCGGCGGCGUGGGGCAGUUAAUUGUAGCAUCUCUUCUAAGUAGAAACACCAAAUUGCGGUUACUUCUAAGAGAUCCUACAAAAGCUACAUCUUUGUUUGGUAAUCAAGAUGAGAACACGUUAGAGGUAUGGAAAGGGGACACACGAAAUCCGAGUGAUUUAGAUCCAGCUGUAUUUGAGGGAGUCACACAUGUAAUUUGCUGCACCGGAACCACAGCUUUUCCUUCAAGGCGAUGGGAUGGUGACAACACACCUGAACAAGUGGAUUGGGAAGGAGUACGGAAUCUUGUAUCAGCAUUGCCUCCAACAUUGAAGAGAUUCAUUCUUGUGUCAUCAGUUGGUGUUACAAAAUUCAAUGAGCUUCCAUGGAGUAUCAUGAAUCUCUUUGGUGUUCUUAAGUUUAAAAAGAUGGGCGAAGAUUUUGUUCGUAAUUCUGGCCUUCCCUUCACCAUUAUCAGGGCUGGAAGAUUGACUGAUGGACCAUACACUUCAUAUGAUUUAAAUACAUUGCUUAAAGCAACUGCAGGGAAACGACGUGCAGUUGUCAUAAGUCAAGGAGACAAACUUGUGGGAGAAGUUAGCAGACUUGUCGUUGCGGAAGCCUGCAUACAAGCUCUGGAUAUGGAAUUUACUCAAGGAAAAAUAUAUGAAAUCAACUCGGUGGAGGGAGAGGGACCUGGAAGUGAUCCUGAGAAGUGGAGAGAGCUUUUUAAGGCUGCUGCUGAACUUAAUUAGUGGGUUUCAAGACAGUUCUUCUCUAAUAACAUGUUAGAAGGGCAAUAUUCUAUGUACACUUGUAUCACUAUGAUUUGAUCAUUUACAUUCCUACUUCUGUUACUUGAUACAAGCAAUUUUAAGAUUUGUUUCUAAGACGAGAUGACCAAGAUAAACUCUGUUUUCAGAAACAUGACAUAGUGUAAAUGAAUAUCGAUUGUAAUUUUCUUAUUGGGAUCAAAA